UCACCGGAGAAAAAGGAAAACCCCGGAGAAUCCCACAAACAAGAAUAUACUAUCUGCUUUUAUAAUACAAUCCUUCUACCUUUUUUCCUCUCAUUGUCUUUGCACAUACCCAAAGAACAUUUGAAUUUCACACAAAUAAACAUUUUACUUGAUCAAUGUACAAAUCAAAGCUUCAGGUACUCUGCCAGAAGAACUCAUGGAAGCUACCGCUUUACGAUACGGUGCGAGACGGUCCUGACCACGGGGCUCGCUUCACAGCCACUGUCACCGUUAAUGGCGCUACCUUUGAGUCUCCGGGACAGUUCACUAGCUCCAAACUAGCUCAAAAUGGGGCUGCUGAGGUUGCGUUUAAUCAUUUCUCCGCGCUCUCUGUCGGUCCUCGGCAACCCAUUUCGCCGAUCGGUGUUGUGCAAAAAUCUGCUUCUCCGGGUUCCUCGGCUUCCACUACCAAUUUGGAUGCAGGAGCUACUAAAAUUGGAGAAGGGGAGCAAAGCAGACAAAAUGGUGUUGUACCUUCUGAACUUCCAACAAGAACCGCAGAAGAUUUACUACAUACAUACAAGAAACGGCUACAAAUUUAUGCUCAAAAGAGGAACCUUAUUCUGCCUGAAUAUUCGUGUGAAAUUGUUGGACCUCCACACCAACGUCUUUACAAGUCCAAGGUCACAGUUGAUGGGAAGUCUUUUGAGACUCCAAACUUUUUCUCCACGUUAAAGGAUGCUGAACAUGGAGCUGCAAAAGUAGCAUUGGAGUCUCUGUCAGUCCACCUAGAGGAUGAGGUUGUGUAUAAGACCUUAUUACAAGAGCAUGCUCAAAGAACAAGACACCGCUUGCCAACAUAUGACACACAGAAAUCUGGACCACCUCACAUGCCAAUAUUUGUAUCAACUGUGGAAAUUGGAGGCAAGAGUUUUCAAGGACAAGGGGCAAAAACCAAAAAGGUGGCAGAGAUGAAUGCCGCGAAGGCUGCAUAUAUUUGUCUUGCAAAUUGUCAAGAAACCCAGUGUCCCAGUCCCUCCUCUGUUGGUGAAACUUCAGGUAUCCCAUCCUUCAACUUGCAACCCGAUGUUACAGAAAAAGUGGAAGAAGAUGUUGCAAGAAACAGAAACAUUUCAAUCAAUGAAGCUCAGGAUUUCCAAGAUAAUAAUGGUGAAAGGCACAUAAACUCUACAACAUCUGAAGAUGCACAUGCUCGAGAGGGAAAUUCAUCUACAACCAGAAGUCCACCCCAAGAUCUUAAAGAUGGUGCAGGUUCACCUACUCUUGAAAUAGUCAUACCACCUGCACAAAACUCAAUAAAAAAGAUUAUGAUUAUUCCGAGCACGUCAGACAUGAUUAUCCCUGAGGGUGCUACUGUCUUACCAUAUGAGAACGACGAGUAUGUAGCUAUUACUAUGCAUGUGCCAUCAGAAGAAUACGAACAAUUCAAUGACUAGAGUUUAGGUGGUUGUUCCUAUACCUGCCCAUCUUAUUGCGUGACCUUAGAUCUGUGUGGCCUCAUGUUGAGGAGUUUUCAUAUAAUACAGUAGACUUGUAGCAUAUGUAACUUAAAUAGUUGCCUUGGUAAUUUCCUACCGUGCAACUCUUUCUUUGAACCAUCUUCGGAUGUUAAAUUGGUUUCCAUUACCAUCGAUAUCUAUCUAGUCAUAUAGUUCCUAGUUCUUAGAUGCUGGGUACAUCAACAUUUGCUGGAAGUUCAUUCUGACUAAUGCAAUUUCUAAAGAUGCUUGAGCUUGCAAA